AUGAUCAGCAAGGAGAAUUUGAGACCAGAAUUCAACAAGUGGUGCUCGAAGUGGGAUGGUUGGUACAUGGGGUUCACCCACUUUGUGCAGUUGCAGCUUGAGCCGAAUGAGGACACGCUUUGGUUUUUGCUGGGGCGUCAAGCUGCAGGUAUUUUCCCCCGUAACCAGUAUGGAGCCGAUUUGUUGAUCCCGAUGUUUAAGAAGAGAUCCAACAGCAGGCCAGUCGGUGGGGAGACAACGAGGGGUGAACAAGAGGAGCAGGAAGUGUUGAUGAUGUUGAUUCAAGUGAAGAAUCGUUCCCCAGUCGAUGGUGGGUUUUCCAGGGCAGCGACGGAGAAACUAUGCCCCUGGUUUGUGUUCGGAAAGAACAGUGAUGGGAACUCGUCAGCGGGGAAAUCUACCGGUGAAAUUGGUGGGGAUCCGAAACCGCUGAGCUCCACGGAUGUCCGUGAUACCAUUCGCAUCUACAUGAAUGUGCGCGGUCGGAAGAGUGACGGCAAGUUCAUCUAUGCCACGACAAUGAAAGACAAUCUUAAGCCCAAGAAGAAAGGCAACGCCUCUGAGGUGAAGGAGGAGAGUCAGACGAUCGGGAGUCAGGCGAAGAAGCGGGCGAAGAUCGAGAGCAAUCCUGGCGUCUCAAGUGUGUCGAGUGUCUCGGAGGAGGAUCCUGUUUUCACGAUCUGCCUCCGUUUGCUCAACAGGGUCACCUACCCGUUCCUGAGCGAGGACGUGGCUUCCAUUCUAUCAAACAUGGUGGAGUCUCAGUAUGACCCGCUGGGGCUUGUGGAGGGCGACCUGGACUAUCGCGAUGAAGAUGAAAAACGAAACAAGGACGUUAGUUCGUAUGCAAAGUUGUCGCUUACCGCGACGCGCGACAAGUUGUUGCAGAACGCCCGUAAAGCACUAGCGUACGCGCCGGGUGACAAGGAAGAAGAGUGA